AUGAUAAGGAAAUAUACGAGAUCAUUUAGCGAAGAUAAAAUAAUUAGAUGUGACCAAUCUCUCUUGAAAGUUUGUGGUGUCUUACAUAAAUGGACUAAUUUUGUCUUUGGAUGGCAAAAGCGAUACUUCGAGCUAGAAAAUGGUAUUUUGAUGUACUACAAAUCUGAAGUUGAAAAGCGGUAUGGAAGUCGUGGGUCGGUCGCAUUAUGUAUCGCUCAUAUUGUACAGACUAUUCCACAGUUGCAGGAAAGUACUGUUGACUUUAAUAGAUUUGAUGUUCUAACGGAUGGUACUUCCUGGUAUUUGAAAGCUGAUAACAAAAGGACGCGUAGUUUAUGGUUGCGUGCGUUGAGAUACCAAAUAAGCAAGUACCGCCGAAUGGUUUCGACAAGUCAAGAAAAAAAUAACCCGCAACGUUCACUAUCAAUCUCAGGACAGCAAAUGGAUUUCUCUUUUCAGUCGAAAUUGCUGAAUAAAAUAGAUGAACUGAAACGUUACAACAAUAUGAUCAAGCAGCAAACAACACGAUUAGAAAACUUAAUAGGUUUAAUGCAGGAUAAUAAGGAAAACGCAUUGUCAACUUCACUUUUAGACGAAAGUUUAGCUUUGAAUGCCGUAACAUUUGCUGUAUUACAAAAUAUCAACACAUGUGUUUGUUUACUUACCAAGCAGACUAGAUUUAUAACCUCAAACAGAAGUUUAACUUUAUAUAUAAUCAAUAUCACACGGGGACUAUUCUUUUUUAUUAUUGAUUCUGGCGCUGGAUUGUAUUCUGGAAUUCUCGUUGCACUCGUCCUGCGCAUAGCUCUGCUGCUUCGUUUCAUCGAUUCCAUUGUGCUGAUCGAAUAA